AUGAGAACCAGAUCUCGCAGUCCUAUCGGGCGUCAGGACGAUCGCCGUAGAAAUGGCCCCAGUCAAGGUACGUUUUCCCACAUUUUUGUUUUAUAUUUAGGCAGUUCGCAAACGGAAUCGUGUUUCUCUUUAUAACUACUUUCUCGAAUAUGAUUCUGGAUAUAUUGAUGUGCUUUUUCGGGUUUUCGUUGAAGGAAAGGGUUGUUUUCAGGUGGUAGGUUUGAUCCUCAUAGUGAUAAGAUGGUUUAUUUCACAAAUUUAUCGUACGACAUGUCUUGGAUGGACCUUAAAGACGCGAUCAGAGAAAAAGGAGGAGAGGUGUGUUUGUCAUGGAAUAUUCGGUUGUUGUAGCAACGACUAGUGUUCGGAUUGUCUUACUUUAACGUUACUUGCAGGUACAAUUUGUCGAACUUUUGAAAAACAAGGAAGGAAAGUCAAAGGGUGUCGCUGUUGUUGAGUUUACUACACGGGAAUCGGCCCAAAAGACCAUUGAAGCGAUUCAUCGUGAGAAUAUUCGUGGUCGUGCUGUUUCAGCAAAGGAGAUUAGAGUACGCCUUUGAAUAAGAUUGUGUAGAUCAUAAUUGUUUCAUGUAGAAUUGACAGUUGUAUCUUGAUUAAUAUAGUCAUAUAAUAUAAGUUAGAUUAGUGGUUCUUGUAACGGCGUAUUGUAACUUCUUUUAGGACCCGCAAGCUUUCUUUCGUAAGAUCAAGGAGGAGUCAGGCAUCGAUUUCCUGAAAGAUACUGGCAAACGUGAUCGUGUCCCUGCUUCGAGGGACCGUCGUUCUUCACCUGUGGUGAGAGGACCAAUCGAAACAUACGGAUUGAGUUCUUCUUUCUUGGACAGUUUGAAUUUGAAGCCCCCUCUCGUUAAUCGUGUUUUCAUUACUAACGUAAGUGUUGGUGUUUUGUGGGUUUAUCUCUGUUUAGGUAUCGUACAAUUGUGGUGUCGGGAAGCUGUUUGAUGUAUUUUCUAUGGCAGGAAAGAUCAUGUGGUUCGAUCUUCAACUUGAUAAGGAAGGCAAAUCCAAAGGAAUGGCUGUCGUGGAAUAUUCCCAUCCUAUCGAAGCCGUCCAAGCUAUCUCUAUGCUUAACAAUCAGCGGUUGUUUGAUCGCACAAUCACGGUGAAGAUGGACAGAUUUGAGAAGGAUGCGGACAGAGAUCGGAAUGGUCUUCCAAACGGACUGAAAGGAGUUGGAAUGGGCUUGGGUGCAAAUGGAAGUCCGUUAAGUGACAUUGCUUCAGUUAUUGGGCAAAUGGGAUCUAAUACCAGUACUACUCCAAUGAACAAUUCUUUUUCUGCGAGUAUGUUGUCUCAGAAUUUCCCAUUCAAUCAACCUCAAUCGGCUUCGAUUUUCGACAAUGCAGGAGCGUAUCAGUCGCAGCUUUUGAAUUCGAGCUUGAGUCAACGUCAGAUCUCACCUUCUCCAGCUCAGAUUUUUGGAUCUGCAUCCUCUGGAUUUGCUAAGGAACCGUCACAACAAGGCCUGUUUUCUUCUCAAGGAGGUUUUAACAGCAGUUUCGAACGGAGAUCUGCAGGAGGUUUGGGCCAAAACGGCUUCCAGUCAGCCAGUCGGGAGCCGUCGAGACCUCAGGGUUAUCACUACGACACUCCCAGUCGGGUUAUCUUGAUUAAAAACGUAAUUUUAAUGUUUUCGCUUAUUUUUUAAUUUUUACAUUGCAGUUUUAGUUUUAAACUAAUGUUUCCUUUUCAGCUUCCACAUGACUACACUUGGGAUGUGAUUGCUCAGCGUGUUCGACAGUUUGGAGAUUUCGAAUCUGUUGAACUGGUCAGUUCUGGCAUUGCCAAAGUUCGAUUCCUGCACGUUCAAGACGCCGAAAGAGCCAAAGCUACACUUAACCAAACUCUGGUGGAGAACAACAUGAUUGCUGUCGAAUAUAUAAUGCAGUAA